UACAUAUCUCUUCACAUCUAUAAGAACAUCACAUUAUAAAAUUAUCUCACACUUUCUUAGUUCCUCUUACAAAACAUGUCCACCACAACCACACCUUUCACAUUGAAUGUUCUUGAUCAUUGCAAAAUCACACCCCCACUCAAUACAACUCCAAAAACAUCUUCCCUCCCACUAACAUUCUUUGACAUUCCUUGGCUUCUCUUUUCUCCAAGCCAACCUCUAUUUUUCUAUGACUUCCCCCACUCAAUUUCACAUUUCACAACCACCAUUGUCCCAAAACUUAAACAAUCUCUUUCUCUUACACUUCAACAUUACUUCCCAUUUUCCGGUACAUUUGUUCCCUUGCCCGGUCUAACCGAUCCCCAACUCAAAUUCACUCAUGACAACUCCAUUUCAUUCGUAGUCGCUGAAUCAAAUAGCGACUUCGAACACUUAUGCUCUUAUCAUGUAAGAGAUGUCAACAAAUUUCACUCUUUAGUCCCAAAAUUGCAAGAAAUCUUUUCAUUUGAACACAAAGAGUUCCCUUUGUUAGCUAUUCAAAUCACAUCAUUCCCAAAUUAUGGCUUUUCCAUUGGCCUAGCUUUUCAUCAUGUUAUUGCUGAUGGAAGAACCUUCCACAAUUUCAUCAAAACAUGGUCCUCAUAUUGUUCUUCAACUACAUUUGAACCCUCACCAUCAAUAAAGUCACUACCCUUUUACGACCGAGACGUGAUCAUCGACGAAAAAGACCUUCGCGGAGUUUUCUUAAAAGAUUUAAGAAAAAGAAAUGUCAUAGAUAGUUGUAGAGCAAUAAAAAUGGAUUUCUCAAAUAUGACUAGAGCUACAUUCUCAAUGAGUACAAGUGAAAUGGAGAAAGUAAAAAAAAAAAUUCUUGAAUCAUGCAAAGAAAAGAAAACAUCUCUUCCUUUGCAUUUAUCUCCUUAUGUGUUAACUAGUGCUUUUUUUUGGGUUUGUUUGGUUAAAACCCAACAAGAGUUUGUUAAUGAAGAUGUUACACACUUUGGAUUCAUUGCUGGUGGAAUAACAAGGUUAGAAUAUGAAGUACCAAAGAAUUAUUUUGGCAAUUGUGUUGGAUUUGGAAAGGUAUCAUUGAGAAGAAAGGAUUUACUAGGAGAAGAUGGAAUUGUUAUUGCGGCUAAAGAAAUUGGAAGCACAAUUAAGAAACUUGAUGCAUCAAUUUUAGGGGAAGGUGAAAAGUGGAUUUUGGAUUGGGAAAUGUUACAUGGGUCAGAGGAACAUGUUCAUGUUACAUGGUCUCCAAAAUUGAAACUUUAUGAAUUGAAUUUUGGGUGGGGAAGGCCUAAGAAAAUUGAAGAGAUUUCAAUUGAUUUUACAAGAGGUGUUUCUUUUGUUGAGAGUAGAGAUUUUGAGGGUGGGAUUGAGAUAGGGUUAGCUUUGCCAAAGAGUGAAAUGGAUGUUUUCACUUUUUUGUUUAAUAAAGGACUUGAGGAUCUAGCAUGAUUAUGUGGUUUCACUUUUGUUUCUCAACGUGUAGUUUUUGCAUGUUUUUAUGUGUAACUUUUUAUA